AUCAUUCAGUGUGAACUGUAUUUCUCAAUUUCCACCUACAAGUGGACUUGAGAAAUGAAAAGUUAUUUGAAUAAUGUCAUCCUAUGUAUCUAUGUGCUUUAAAUGGUAAUUAAAGUAACACAAUUACCUAAUUAACUUAUGCAAUUACCUCGCUAGUAGCCGUGUUAUAUCUGUUUUAUCCGAAGAUUCAUUAGGUACUGUUUCAUUCCUAGACUUUUUAAGUGUGAAAUCUGAAACUUGUGUUUAAUAUAAACCUUACCGCACCUCCCGAUCAAAAAUGCCCAAAAAACUGUUAAAAUUUUUAAUAGUGUUUGAUAAUACUUCUUUGCUUUAUUUUCCUGGACAAUUCUUAUCAGGAAAAGUGUUAAUGGAAUUACAAGAUGACACUCCGGUAUUGGGUUUACAUUUCCAUGUGAUUGGGGAAGGAGUAGUGCGAGUGGGCUCUGGUCGACAUGAGAGAUUAUUUGACAAAGAAAAUUAUAUUGAUUUUAGAAUGAGGUUGUUAGGGGAACCAGGUCAUAGUGCAUCUAUAUUGUCACCAGGCAUCCAUAGUUUUCCAUUUAAAUUAGGUUUGCCAAUGGGCCUCCCUUCCACAUUUCUUGGAACACAUGGAUGGGUACAAUACUUUUGCAAAGCUGCAUUGAGAGAGCCAAAUGGAUUAACACACAAGAAUCAACAAGUUUUUAUAGUUAUGAAUCCUAUUGAUCUUAAUUUGGAACCUCCUGUCUUGUCACAAGAAUUUGAGUUGGAAGUAGAGCAUAAGCUUGGCGUGGGUUGUGUGGGUGGUGGAUCUGUCCGUUGUCGUGUUUCUUUGGAUCGCGGUGCAUAUAUACCUGGGCAGAGUGUUGUGCUAACUGCACAUAUUGUCAACAAUUCAAGAACAGCAUUAAGGUGUACAAGAGCAGCACUCACAGAGACAAUUCAGUACAUAGCCCACGGCAAAGUGGCAGCUCGCGAAGUCCGCGAAUUAUCUCGCCUGGCGCACGGAAAAACUCGAGCAGGUGAAACAGACCGAUGGCGAGGGGAAUUACUUUAUGUACCACCCCUUCCGCCUACUAACCUCCGUGGGUGUCAUUUAAUAUCAGUGCAGUAUGAUGUCUUUUUUAUUAUUGAGCCAAAAAGUUUGGAAAAAGAAAUCAAACUACAGUUACCCAUAUUGCUGGGCACCUAUCCAUUCCGUGAUGAUGAUGAAGAGGCACAUCCUCCUACUCACUACCCGAGUACUCUUCCCAUUUUUAGACCCUGGCUUAAUGAGAAACAGACAUAAUGAUAUAAUAACCUCAUGGACCACAAAAGAGGUUGAUUAUGCAUUUCCAAUACAUA